UACACUCCACUGCACUCAUUCACCCACACAAACAUUGCAUACAUACUGAUUUGCUGUUUGAUACACGUUACUGUAUUGUUUACUUUAUUUAACUUAUUAAAAGUUUUAUUAUUAUUUGAAGGCUAAGUGUGGUUUUCCUAUUUUGUCAUAUACUUCUGAAGCUGCUUGUGACAGGACUGAAAUAAAGAGUAUUCGGUGAGCAGAGAAAGACAUGGAGACACUGAUGAUGGUUUAUGAUGAUGCCACUGACAUUAGAAUGGAAUCACAGAAUGGAAUAUUUUAUAGAACAUUACUGAGCAGAAUUUGGCUCAGUUCACCUGCAGCCUUCGCCGUGUGAGCUACACAUUUAGUGGGACCAAACAAUAAUCCAAACCGGAGCAAGAGUUUGAAGCCAGUGAACUGAACCAUCAGUGAAUACAAAACAUCUUAAGAGUCCAGUACCCAACAGGGACAACAAACAGCACAGAAACCAGCCAGCAAAAUGGAUCUGUUACCUGAGCAGGUUGACAGCACCAUGACAGAUAACGACUGGGAAGACUUGCUGUCUAUUCUCAAGUCGACUGGAGUAGAUUUAGUGGAUGAAGCGCCGAAUACUCUACCACCAUCUACUUCACCCCAACCUUCAACUUCACAUGCUCCUGUCAAUGCUGAGACGGAGCUCCAGGAGGCUGACUGUGGUGUAGCAGACAAUUCCUGGGAAGACUUGCUGUCUAUUCUCAAGUCGGCUGGAGUAGAUUUAGUGGAUGAAGCGCCGAAUACUCUACCACCAUCUACUUCACCCCAACCUUCAACUUCACAUGCUCCUGUCAAUGCUGAGACGGAGCUCCAGGAGGCUGACUGUGGUGUAGCAGACAAUUCCUGGGAAGACUUGCUGUCUAUUCUCAAGUCGGCUGGAGUUGAUUUAGUGGAUGAAGCACCUCACACUCCACCUUCAACCUCACCUCCUCCUGUCAAUGCUGAGAAGAGGCACAAUACCUACCCUCAACACCCACCCUCAGCACAACAAUCAUCCUCCAAAACGGAUCCUCAAGAGUCUGACAAUAACGUUGCAGAUCAGAUCUGGGGAGAGUUGCACUCCAUUCUCAAGUCGGAUGGAUUUGAUCUUCUGGAUGACGCACCCGACCUGCUGCCUCUUUCACCUUCAUUUUCACCUUCACCUCCUCCUCCUGUCCAUGCUGAGCUGGAGGAGGGAGGAUAUGGUGGCUGUAGCUCCCUGGGAGCAGCUCCUCAGAGGGUUGAGCAGCAAAGUCAAUUGUUGACAGCUCCCCCCAUGAGCUAUGCACCACGUCAAGAAGACAUGCAGCCAGGUCACCUGCACAGUCAGGCAGGUGCUUCCAGCCAGGGACAGCACAACAGCAUACCAGUGACGGGGUUCCUUGAAGGCAACCAGAGCCUGCGUUAUGUAGGACUGUGGAAUGGACAGCCGCUGUAUGAGAUUUGUGCUCCUGCUGUCGUUGCUGCUCCUCCAGCAGACGCGUCCAAAUCAAAAAAGAGAAAGCGUCAAAACCAGCAGGAGGGCGGUCAGUAUAUAAAGAAGCCCCCAAACGCCUUCAUGCUGUUCCUGAAUGAGCAAAGGCCACACGUUGAGGCCGAAAUCAGAAGCCGA